AUGGCAGAUUACGAAAAUGACGCCCUGUUCCGCACAGGCAAAGAUGCCAACGCCACAGUCUACACCCGCUCAGCCCUAUCCGUCUGGUAUGAUGUAUACGUGCUCGGAUUCAAUAUGCGCUGCAUCUGGGGCUGUCCUACGCCCUCCGUCCUGCUCCCUUUUUUCGCCGAGAACUUCUCCCGGCGCCAUCUCGAUAUCGGCGUUGCAACAGGCUAUCUGCCAGCAGCAGCGCUGAACAGUAUCUGGCGCAAGAACAGCAGGCAUCACAUCACGCUCAUGGACCUCAAUCCCAACCCGCUCAGGGCCGCCAAGGCUCGGAUCCUGUCGGUGGCCACGAGGGCCGAGGUCGACCUGGUGGAGGCGGACGCCACGGAGCCGCCGUCCAAGGAGCUCGCAAGUCGCAAGUACGACUCAAUAUCCAUGUUCAACCUGUUCCACUGCAUGCCCGGCGGCAAGGACAAGUUCAAGGCCAUCGGCGCAAUGGCGAAGCUCGUGAGCGAAGACGGCGUGCUGUACGGGUGUACGGUCCUGGGCAUCAAGCAGACCAAGUGGCACCAGUGGCUUACCAAAUUCUACCUCAACUGGUACAACAACUGGUGGGGCGUCUUUCGCAACUGGGACGACACGAAGGAGGACGUGGAUGCGGCUCUGAGGGCGCACUUUGAGAAUGUUGAGACGUGGGUGGUCGGUCAGACGCUGUUGUUCAGAGCGACAGUGCCACGUAGGGACGAGUCGUCAGUACUGAUUGACUUGCCAUAG